UACAGCCUGCCUGCCUGCCUGCCUGCCUGCAAGCGGUCAAAGGGAAUCAAAAUAGCAAUUUAGUCAGCAACAGCAGCACAGGACUGGACGCUCACAAGGAUGCUACUUCAGCACAGACACUACUAGACGGUCCAAACAGCCGCUGCCAAUAUGUUCAGGCGAGGUUAUGGUGGGGUGGAGUUACUGUUGGUGCUGUGUGGCCUGGAUCUCUCUCUGCCUUGCCCUCGCCACUGCAUCUGCUACACUUCACCUAGCACCGUCUCCUGCCAAGCCCACAACUUCCAUGCCGUGCCCGAGGGCAUCCCCGCCCAGAGCGAGCGCGUCUUCCUGCAGAACAACAAGAUCCAGCGGCUGCUUCGCGGCCACUUCUCGCCCACCACCACCAUGUUGUGGCUUUACUCCAACAACAUCUCCUACAUACAGCCAUCCACCUUCCACGGCUUUGACCGCCUGGAGGAGCUUGACCUCGGGGACAACAAGCACCUGAAGGCCAUCGCUUCAGAUACCUUCCAGGGCCUGGGCCGGCUACAUGCCCUGCACCUAUAUCACUGUGGCCUGAUCAGCCUGCCUCCAGGGAUCUUUGCAGGUCUCCAUAAUCUCCAGUAUCUCUACCUACAGGACAACCAGUUAGAGUUCCUGGAGGACGAUCUGUUCAUUGACCUGCUGAACCUCAGUCAUCUCUUCCUGCAUGGCAACCGACUGUGGAGUCUUCGCCAGAACACUUUUCGUGGUCUGGGGGUCUUAGACCGCCUGCUUCUCCACCAGAACCGAAUCCAGUGGAUUGACCGCCAGGCUUUCCAUGACCUGCGGCGCCUCACCACCCUGUACCUGUUCAAUAACUCCCUGACUGAGCUAUCUGGCGCCAGCCUCACCCUGCUGUCGGCUCUGGAGUACCUUCGACUUAAUGACAACCCCUGGGAGUGUGACUGCAAGGCCCUGUCACUUUGGGAUUGGCUGCGGAGGUUCAGAGGCUCCACCUCUUCACUUAUAUGUGUUUCACCACCAGAGCUGGCGGGGAAGGACCUCAAAGCAGUGAAGAAAGAGGAGCUUCCCAGUUGCUUAUCAGGUGAGGGUCAUGCACGAGGUGCCCCAGGUGAGGAGACGGAUCACGGGGAGUCUUUAAACCACCUGAAUCGCCACCGAAGCCAUCACAACCACCAUCAGCGGCCGUACUUGCCCCACGGGGAUCAGUACAACUUGCCCUCCCCCUCACCCCUGCCGCGGCCACCCAAAGGAGGCCGUAGAAACUGUACCCGCCGGGGCCGCAAGGCAAAAGGGGGGCUCAAUGAGGUGCAGGUACUACGGGAGGGGGUUGAGAAAGACUAUUCUCCAGAUGGAGGUAAAUAUGACCUGUCUGUGACUUCAAGAAGGAAGAACAAGUGCAUCCCUAGAACUUCGGUCGGCCCACCGAGUGGGGUCCAGAGAGCUAAUAAUAAAGCAGGGUCACGCUUUGCAGAUUCUAUUUUCUGCUUCGUAUCAGCUCUGCUGCUGUCACUCAUCUCUGUGAUCCUACGCUGAUCCAGGAAAUGGACACUUUUGUGCUGGUGAUGCAACCUUAUGAUUCAUUCUUCUGAACCACCCUGCCCUGGCUCUUUAAAUGAGGCGUGUGUGCAUAACUGUUUGUGUACAUGACUGUAUAAAGAAAAUUAUCAAAUAUCUACUGUCCAAUUAUCCCUUCGGUAUUAAGGCAGGGAUGUUUAUGAGUCAUACUGAAAACACGGAAGUCAGGGAAAACAAUUUAGCCCAUUGCUUUGAUGAUGUCACCAAGGGGAACAACAGGAAUUUUUUUUUCUCUGUGGCAUCAAUUGCUUUAUGGAAUUUAUGUUCUCUUAAAAACUGUACAGCCACAUAAAAUAACAAGCCAAUGAUUCUUUCAAAUAAUGGCGAGAAGAACAAUAAGGUUCAAAACAGUUCAAGGCUCAGUCUCUAUGUUUAGCCCUCUUGACACAACAGCGCACCCUCCAUCUGUCACUCACGCUGAGACAAAGACAGUCAUUCAUUACUGUCAUACUGCUCACUCUACAGCACCGUAAGGUCCAAAAACAAAAUACUGUGGCAGUAAAAUGAGUCACUGUGAAGAGUUUUAGCAGUAAUAACUGUAAUCACUAUAUAUUGACUACUAAAGUGGUUUUACUCGCAUGUCUCACAGCAGGGUGAAGCCACUUUAAUGCACAUCUGUAUCCUUGGCUUUCAGUCUAAACUCAACACCACUGGAGUUGUGAAACAUCAAUAUAACUGACAAUAUUUCUAGCCAUGUUAAAAGGUGUCCAUUUCCCUUCCUCUUGCAUCCCAACAACUUGAAAGCCAUCCGAAAUUAACCUAAUCAUUAUGAAAGCCAACUGGUCACAGUAAGUUUAAAUGAGUGAGUGAGUGAGUGAGUGAGUGAGUGAGUGAGUGAGUGAGCGAGCGAUUACUGUGUUACUGUUUGUAUGAGUGCGUGUCCACUAAAGAAAUCACUAAAGCCAUGCGAGUAGAAAGAAGCUAGAUAGCAAGAGUGCCUAAUGAGAGCCAGUAGCCAAUGAGGACAAACUACGGAGGGAGGAGAUGGUUUCAUUUGCUCUUCAACCUCACUGAUUACAAAACAAGAGGCCUCAACGAGCCUGAGAGGUCAACACGAGCAGGCCAAGGAAAGGCUGAGGCCUGAACCUGGCUCACAAAACUUCUGAUUCCCAGGAACUGUUAUGCACUUUCCUCUGUAAUGCUGUGGAGGUUAAUUAAUCCUUCACACAGAGAUGAUUCAAUCCAAAUAGUCAAAGGAUGUUUUCUUAUGCUGGAAAAAUCAGCCCUUCAAUCAGUGAUGACCAACCACAACACUGCAAUACAUGCCUGGCAAUGGUCUUAUCAAUCGCUGAAGACGGAAAACAAAAGCAGUUCAGAAUAUGUGAGGACUAAGAAACUGCUUCAGAAUUCCUCUCUCGUCCUCUCUGGUGUGUUCAGUGCUUUCCCAAACAGAUGGACUUCUGUGAAGCCCUGAUUGGACAGUUGGAUACUAAUGCUGCUACGUCUGAGGAGAGCAAUUCCUGGAACCCCUUUCUGUGGCUCUGGAUUCUUCUUCAGGAAAUAAAAGGACAGAGAGAACUGUGGGACACGGCGCCCUGUAUGAACUGGAGCGGUUGAAGCACACACACACACACACACACACACACACACAACCCCUAACAAAGCCCGAUCAAUCCCCUUCUCAGCCUUCCUGUCCUCCUGCAAAGUACUAACCGCUAUCAGUCCAGGGCUUUCAAAUGCCAGAGCAGGGCACCACAGAUGCUGUCCAGGCUUUGACUUUAGACCUUUCAGAGUCAUUAACCCAAAGUCUAAAGUGCUCGAUUACAAUAGGUGAAACCUGUACAGACACACACGGGCCAUCCGGGUACCUUUACUAGCCAGUAAUGCUAGACUAAGACUCUUCAUUUCUUAUAGCAUUACAGAGAUAUAAAUACUAUUUUAGAAAGGAGCUGCCCUUGUAUGCAAAGGUAGCUAAACAGCUAAAAUCAUGACAUGCUGACAAAAGCACAAAAAAAUGAUUAGGUUUGGUUUGCUGACAACUUAAAAACACAUGAUUUGGAUGAGCAGGGGCCACAUUUGUAUCCUGCUUGUGUGUGUUUCCCUCUGAGCCCGGCCUUCUCCGUGUCUAUCUAUCUAAAUGUUGGGGACGAACAGAGGCCUGUCACUGGUGUCAUUCUCCUGACAUGUAGGAUUAGUAGACCCCUACUGGUGAACUUGUUUGUGCUGCUGUGAACCCAGAGGUGAUGUAAAUUGUGUCUGUUUAUUCCCAUGAGGAUGACUUUUGUAUGAAAAAAAAAAAAAAAGAAAAGAAAAAAAGAGAAACUGACUCUCUGUUGUGUCUCACAGGUUCCCUGAAAAAAUUAAAAGGGAGCUAGGGGCUGGAACUUUAUUUUUUAUUUAACAUGAUUAUUAUUAUUAUUUCUUUUUUUUUUCUUCAUUUGUCGUUUUUUUGUUUUGCUGACUCAUUCAAGAUAAACGGUACACUGCACUGCUCCUCUUUUCUUUUCUAUCCUUCUACUCAUUCCUCUGUCUUUGCCCUCCCUUCCUCCCUCUCUGUCCGUCUG